GGGGCCCGCCCGCUAAGGCCGCAGCCACGGUGCGCCGCCUCCGGCGCCCCAACUCCCGGCGAAGUUGCUGCUCUGGUAGAAAAGCUGCUUCAGCGAGAAUUUCGCUUUUCACGACGGCGCGUGGGAUGACCGCUCAGGAAUACAAAGACGACCAGACAGCGACUCUCCGUUAGUGCGACGCGCCGGCCGGCGGCGCAAGCGGGCCCGCGCGCGACGUCAGCGCCGCAAAUACGGCGCAAAUUCGCCCGGGCCCGCGCCUGGUGCCUCGGGCCUGCAUGUUCGCGCCGUCUGGCCGGCCGGCCCCCGCGUUUGGCAGCCUGCCUGUGCACUGCCUCGUGCUUUGCGCAGGCUAUUUGAAAAAUGACCGCGCUGCCCUAGGAUCUUGCUCUUGAUGGCGCGGCGUGUCCUGCCAGCACCUGCUCCGGCGCGCGGGUGUUCUAUCUGUGGCGCCUGCAGUGGCGCUGUAGUUCGCUACCUUUGUUGGCCGCCAUGCGCUAGUUGUUAGCCCCGUGGGCGUUGGCAAUGAUAUGAAGAUGUGAGUACUCUACUAUGGGCCGCGCUGAUCAUGAGGUCUGGCGCGCUCAUUUCUCUCUGUAG